AUGCCGUUUAACUCAGUUUCCUCUGUCUGCGACUUCAAACUCCCGUCCUUCGCCAUGGCGACAGAAAUAUCUGCCGGAGCGAGGCCGCCGUUCCGCACCAAGCUGCUGGUUCCAGAAACCGAGCGUUACGCGUUCAUGCGUACAACGUCCCCGAUCGAAUCUUUACAACAGAUACUGUUCCUGCUGUGGGCUUAUAGCGCGUACCGCGUCCGUUGCCCCUCGCUUCUUCCCCUCCUUCCAGGUUCAGCUGAGGAUGAGUCUGACAUAGAUGGUCUUGCAGAAGAGAGCGCUGUGCUGCGAAUCACGAACCACCACGUGGACAUAGACCUAUCGGCAGACGACACAGCAUCAGACGACAGUGUGCGAGCCGUCGCUUGGUCCGACGAUAGUGGGUUACACAUACUCGAAGCAGACGAGACGAGCGAGAUCAAAAGCAACGGUAGAGGGGUUGAACGGGCUGUGAACGGCAGUGCCCUAGGGAGAGGAAGUGGAGGGCAGAAGGAAGUGGUGAAGGAAGAGGGGAUGGGCGGAGAGGAGGAGCUAGGGGUGGUGAGCGAACCCCCUAUACCGAGAUUAUCAUCUGCGGAAGAGCCCAAACCGCCAUACGAGUUCAAGAUUCUGAAGCCCAUGUCACAUAUCAUGCAUCACACCAGGCCUCAUCUCGUGCCUCGUCCCGUUCCUCAUCGCAUGCUCAUUCGUGUCUCAUCACAUGCCUCAUCCCAUACCGUCCCACAACUCAUUUCAUGCCUCGCCUCAUGCUCUUCCUCAUCCUUCUUCCCUCCGACCCCCUCGCCCUCCUCGUUCCCUCUCCCCCCGAUCUCUCCCUCCUUUCCCCCUCCUUUCUCCAUCCGCUUCACCUCCUGUUCUUCCCCUCCUCUGCCCUCCUUCCGCCCCCCUCGUCUCGUCCUCCCCUUCCUCUCACAGCAUCCCCCCCAGCCUCUCCCCAACGGCCAAACCCUCCCAGCCAGCAUGACCCGACCAGCAUCGGACGAGCAGCCGGUGGGCGGCGAUUGUCUGCUAGCGGAGGAGUUCGGGGUGACAGUGGAGAGGCCAGCCAACAGCAGUGGGCACUCGGGCGGGUGGAUAGGGUACGGGCUGGAGCUGGGGCAGGUGCAGGGCGCGCAAGGGGAGCAGCGCGCGGAGCUGUGGCCGCAGCAGGUGGUGGAGUAUGAUGUGGUGGCCGCUAAGACCAAGUCGUGCCACUUCGUGUGUGUGCUGCCCUUCCAUUCAAAGACCCAGACGGUUACUCUGUUGAAGGAAUAUGCCCAGUCUGGCAGACAAGGUCAGGUGGAAGUUCAGGUGGGGCCAGGCUGUGGGGAGCAGCGGGCGGAGCUGUGGCCGCAGCAGGUGGUGGAGUAUGAUGUGGUGGCCGCCAAGACCAAGUCGUGCCACUUCGUGUGCGCGCUGCUUUUUCGCACAGCUCAGCACGGCUGUUCACCAUUCAGGGGCGUGAGCUCGCUCUUAUUCGCAUCAGCUCUCGCCCCAUGCCUGUCCACCCCUGCAUGCAUGCUCCAGGCGAAGCUGUGUGGGGGACAGCUCAUCAAGCUCGUGGAUGAUGAUCACCCGGGACUCCUCGAGGUCAAGUGGUGCAAGAAUCGCUUCACUCCCUUUCUUGUCAUCGAUCCUCAGGACGAUUCGGACCCUCUUCCAAGGGAUUUAGAGGAGUUCAUAGAGGUGCACAGGGUGCCAGUGGGGGACCUGCAGGGCAUGGCGCUGAGUGGGGACAUGCUGCUGCCCUCUGUCGUCACCUGCACCAUGGCCCUCCAGUACCUCAAGGACAACGGUUGGCUGUGA